AUGGAAGUAAAGACGGUUAAUCAUCCUAAAAUUCAAAAGCGCUUUGGUACAAAUUCUAUGGUUGGGUCUUGUAACGGUUUGGUUUGUUUCCCUAAAUCUUUUGCACACCAUAUUGAUGACCCUGUAUACAUCUGUAAUCCCUGCACUGGGGAAUUAGUAUUACUUCCAGCAUUCACAGUCGCUGGAAACAAGAAAAAUGUCACAUAUUCUUUGGAUGGUUGCAUUGUGAGUGGGUUUGGCUACAAUCCUGACAGUAAUGAAUAUAAAGUUGUUAGGAUCUAUUAUGCCGACCCGCCGUGGAGCUUAAACCAGCCUAAGGGUCAAGUUCAGAUUUAUACUCUUGGUAGUGGAAGUGGGUGGAGAAACAUAGGAGAAUGUCCUUACAUGUUGCAGCGUUUCAGUUUGCUCCCAUCACAACCUUGUUUUCGCCCUGGUGAGAAAAACUUUUAUACACUGCAAGUUUUGGGAGGGUGUUUAUGUGUUGUGAAUGAUCAUGCUGGUAAAAGUCUUGACAUAUGGUCAUUCAAGAAGGAUAAUAGUGAAUGGGCAAAUAUGUUUAGCAUAUCAUGUCGGUCAAGUGGAUUUGUUGAUGUUUAUUGGCCAAUUUCCCUCACAUUGAGUGGUAAACUUCUGCUGCGGUCUAACUAUAAGACUCUCGUGUGUUAUGAUCCCCAAACCAGAGAAUUUAAAGAACUUGUAGAUCUUGACACAGAUAUGGUAUCCGAACCAAUGGCUUAUCCUUUGAUUGAGUCAAUACCGCACAUCAACAGCUUUGUUUCAUUGAAAGCUCUUGGAGAGAAGUCUGAGACAAUUGUGAAAGCCAUGUAUUUUGAUGAUUACGAUACAACCAGCGAUUAUGAUACAACCAGCGAAUAA